UGCCAAACUUUUCAUAACCUGUAAUCUACGAUUGUCAUUUUACUAAGUUUCCCUUUAUUGUAUACUUUUUAUCAAGUACUUUUAACUCGCUUUUGUAUAGGUUAUGUUUUGAUUUGGAAAUUUUUGUUCAGUUAUAAUUUAUAAUAAAAUGUUCACAAUAAAAUUAAGACCGUUGUAUCACAUUUGUGAUAAGAUCAUAAUUCGUAACCUAAGAAGUAGGAGAUUAAGAGGUCUUGGACCGAACCCUGGUUUGGAUAAAAGAAUCGAAGCAUUUAAAGAAGAGGGUUUUCAAAUCACAGAUGACGACGCUGAAGAAUUCGUUGAACAAUCUGAAAGUGACUUUUAUAAAAUGGGUGAAACUUACAAUGAGCAUCUUAAUGAAACACUUAUAGGAAAGUAUGAAUUACGACAUCAAAUUGUCAAAGAAAAAUACUUUAAGGAAAAUAUGCCAAAUCUCUUGACAUGGAGUGAGAAGGAGCAAAUUCGUCAUUUGGCUACAACACAACCUGGGGAAUGGACACCUGAGAGAAUAGCAGAGAGUUUCCCAGUUACAGUCCCUGUAGUAAAGAAAUUACUCAAGUACCCAUGGAAGCCAGCAUCAGAACAGCGUAUUGCUCGCCAUGAUGCAUCAGCUAUGAGAAACUGGAAGGAACUAAAAGAUGGAUCACUAGAUAUAUCAAAAGACUUACGUCAACAUUUUCUAAAAUUUUCUGACAGAAUCAUUCCACCAUUAAAUAAGACAUCAAUUAAAAUUGAUGUAACCCAGGAAAAAAUGGGUGAAUUUGAAAGUAUCAUUCAAAGAUGUGCUGCCAAUGAAAAAUGCAAAGUCAGUGAUAAAGAGAAUACUGAAUAUACCGAUAAACAAGGAACUGAAAAUAAUGAUAUUAAACAAAAAACAGAUUUUAAAAGGGUUACUUUAGAUGAAUUAACAACAAGAAUAAAAAAACGUUUAGAAGAUGGUAAAGAGAUCAAUGAACCUGAUAAAAUUAUUUUAAAUACAGUCAAUUCUAAUAUAUCUGAAGUGCAUUCUGAAGAAGUACAUAAAGAAAUAGAAUUAUUUGAAGAAAACAAAGAACAAAAUGAAAUUAGUGAAUUUAAAGAAAAAGAUAAAAAUAACGAUGUAUUAAGUAUUACAUCUUAUCCAGAGAGAAUUAGGAUUCCUAAAAAAGCAUACAAAAAAGGUGCUACAUAUAAAAUAAAUGACUGUUAUUAUGAUCAUGAUGGAAAAUUUUUGUAUAGAGUUCUAGGAAUGUCUUAAAGUGUAUAUAAUCAAGUAGAGUUAAAAUAAAACAAAUAAUAUUGAAG